CACAAAAAUAUUAACAUUGAUAACAAAAAGAAAUGUUCCUGGAGCAUCAAAUCAGAAGCUAGUUUCUGAGGAUCAUGUGACACUGAAAACUGGAGUAAUGAUGCUGAAAAUCCAGCUUUGCAUAACACAUAUUGCAUUUCAAAAUGUAUUCAUACAGAAAACAGUUAUUAUAAAUUGUAAUUUCACAAUAAUACUUUAUAUUUCACAAUAUUGUUGUCAAACUGCAAAACAAUAACUGUGUGUGUGCCUUAUAUUUCUAAUAUUUCAAGUUUCCUAGUUAUCCCUCAGCAGUGAGACUUGUGUAGGUGCAACGGUCCGUGAUGUAAUAUGCUGACAUUUCUUCUUGAACAUAGGAAAUGUGAUUUAUUACUGCAAUACAGCUUGACAGCCACAGAGAAAUGCUGACAAUAAUUAUCGGAUAACUGUAGAAUUCAUGAAGUAAUCUCACUGUUCCUGUUGAGAUGGUUUUCCUUAUUAACUACUAUCCGAUUCUGUACUGCUUUGGCUUUAUCCGAGUCAGAUUAAUAUGUAUGUAGUUCUCACAUUUACAUUUCACCUAAAUCCUGGCUUACUUUUCAGGGUGUGUAAAUAAUUACAAGCAAAGUAAGAGCCCAAGACAUCUAUUAGUAAUCCCUCAUGUUUGAUGUAUCAUACUCAUAGACUAUAAUGCUGUUUCAGCAACAAGGCCAUUAAAUUAAGAGCUGCGCUGAGUUUUAAUCACUUAUAUGGAGACACUCUCCUGAGAUAAUAGUCACCCUCAUGCUUACUAUAAAGUCUGUAAUGCAUGGCCUAUAAAAAGCAUGCACAGCAGUAUUUAAAUUACAUAAAAUGAACUCUUCAUGGUUGAACGUUAUACUACCUUUCAAACUUUUGGGGUGUCAGUAUUUAUUUCUAUGUAUCACAAUUUCCACAAAAGAUAUUAAGCAGCGCAACUGUGAUAACAAAAAUGUGCCAAAUCAGCAUAUUAGAAUGAUUUCUGAAGGAUCAUGUGACACUGAAGACUGGAGGAAUGAUGUUGAUGUUAAAAUAUAUAUAAUAUUUUACAAUAUCACUAUUUUUUGGUUUAUUUUUGUUCAAAUGAAUGCAGCUUUGACCAUAAGAGACUUUCUAAAACCACAAAAGUUAGUCUGAAAUUUGGCCUGCUUUUAGUGUCACACAACUGAUAGCUUUCCUCCUUGUGCUUAUCUUGCAUAUUUGUCAAAGAAUUCUUGUUUGCUUUGUAACUUCAUGCAGACAGAGACUUAAGAGCAAGUUCAGAGAGUUUUAAAGUUAGUUUCUGGCAGGCCCCGUCCUCUCCUCGUGUAUUGAUUUCCCCCCGAUUCUCUGAUGCCUGAGCCCGGUUUAAACUCAUGCAUUAAUAAAUGCAAACUCAUCAGCAGUCAUCUUUCCUCUCCCACACUCAGGCCUUUGAUGGGUAAAGUUUUUCAUGUUAUCAGUGAUUAGUAUAUCUUCCUUCAAAAUUCUGAUGCACUGUUCUCAUUUGAAUAUAAACUAGGGCUUCCAAUUGAUUCAGAUUAAUUGCAUUAUAUGCAUUAAUUCAUUGAAUUACUCAAAAAUCAUAGGGGGCUUUAGAGACAAAAAAAAAAUUUUUUUUUUUCAUAUAGUGGGUUUUUGCAUCUCACUGCAUAUAUGCCACUUUUCUAAGAAGCUGCAUCAACUUCACAGCAUUCAGAGUUCACUCUGCUCCUCAGUUUAAAUGGGCACAAAGCUUUUGGUUUCAUGUAUCUAGACAGCUGAUGAGAAAAGAGAGCAGGAAAGCAUAGUUAAGUAUUGCACAUUAUUUUUACAUAGGAAAGAGCCAUAAAAUAGUCAUAAUGUCCUUCCGCUAAUGCAUCAACACUUAAGAGCAUGUUUGUUAGUGAAGCAGACCUACAGUAGGCAGUAAUGUCAUGAUUCUUUAUGGAUGUUUUAAUACGUAUUGUACAGUAGAUGCUGAGGAUAGACAUUAUUAGGCAAGUUUAAUCUUAAAUGGUCUAGCCAGUCACCAAUAGUCUGAUGAUUGUGACGUGCAGGUUCAUAUUAAAUGAUUUUAUUGCACAAAUGAUUUAUGAACAUAGCAUAUUUGAUUUAUCUGCUCUCUAUUUAUUUAUUUUUAUUUAUUUUUUUAUGCAUUAAAGUAGUUUAUUUUUUAAACUGUACUGUUUACUUUCUAUAAAUGUAAUGCUUCUUAUAUUUUUUAAAUAUUUUAUUUGCUUUAGAUGUCUCAACUUCAUAACAACUUUAUUUAAGCCAUGUACUUGACUCUGAAUAUUGAUUCUGUGGUCAGAUAUUCUUGUUUAAUGACAACUAAAUGCUUGGUUUCUUACUAAAAUUGCUUCAGGCAAGUUUUCCUAUGUAUCUCAUAUUACUGCAUGAUCUUUUUCUCCUAACAUAAUAAAAUAAGUUGAACUGAAAUCAAUAUUUCAUAUCCCUUUAUCACAUUUCAUUUAUUUAUCUGGCAAGUAGCCAUGUAAUAAGUGGGAUAAUGUACAGUAAGCCUGUCAUUAUAAUGAAAGAAACCCCUUUUAGACUCCUUUUACAGAGAUCCAAGACCCCUCUUGUACUGUAUGUCCAGCUAUAUUAAUAAAGUCUGUAGUUUUGUAUCAUGUAAGUAAAUGAAUGAUGCACCCGUUCAACCGCAUCUAAACAUACAUUAUGGCUGGCUCAUCAUUGUGCAUUAUUGUUAAAGAGAUGGAGAGGGAAGAGGGAGUGUCUGAGUCAGGACAUCAGACUCUUUCGGUGCUCUAUAAGGAAUAUAGGCUGAGGAGGACCACGACGCACCAGUCUGUGGAGACCAAAGCUGAAGGAGCUUUCCACAUGCUUGAUGUUGUUAUAGAGAUACAUGGAUGAGGAUGUGAAGGAACUCUGAAGACUUUAUCAAACUUGUUGCUGCUGAAACAUUGAUGAGAUGAGUUGCUUUUCCUAAAACUGUCCAUUUGAAGUCUAGCAUGACCUCUUGACCUUUGUACGUUUUCUUUAAGGGAUCGUAUAGCUUAUUAGAGCUCGUUGCAAUGGCUAUUCAGGGCAUGGAGCUGUUUGCAGUUGCUGUAGUGAUUCUUCUGUUUAUAAUGGUGCUCAAACAGUUUGGCAUGACGGAGCCGCUGUCGUUGGACGACAGCGCUGACAGUGAUCUGGAGUUGGCCAUGGUGCGGCAUCAUCCGGAGGGCCUGGAGCAGCUCCAGGCUCAGACCAAGUUCACUAGGAAGGAGCUUCAGUCGCUCUACAGAGGCUUCAAAAACGAGUGUCCCAGCGGAUUGGUGGAUGAGGAGACGUUUAAAUCGAUCUAUUCCCAGUUCUUCCCUCAAGGAGAUGCAACCACAUACGCACACUUCCUUUUCAAUGCUUUUGACAUGGACAGAAAUGGCUCUAUACGUUUUGAGGACUUUGUAAUCGGCUUGUCUGUUCUGCUUCGAGGUUCUGUGACAGAGAAACUGAGGUGGGCCUUUAACCUGUAUGAUAUUAAUAAAGACGGCUACAUCACCAAAGAGGAAAUGCUGGCUAUAAUGAAGUCCAUCUAUGACAUGAUGGGUAGGUACACCUUUCCUUGUGUAAAAGACAACGCUGCAUUUGAACACGUGGAGAAAUUCUUCCAGAAAAUGGACCGAAACAGAGAUGGUGUUGUAACCAUAGAUGAGUUCAUAGAGACCUGUCAGAAGGACGAGAACAUUAUGAGCUCCAUGCAGCUGUUUGAGAAUGUCAUCUAGAGCGCAGCGGGAAGUGCAGAGUGAUCCUGGCUCUUUUUCCACAUCGACUCUCAGCAUCGUUCCAUCAGUCCUCGAGCGCUCCACAGGGACACUCUAGAAACACUUGUGUUUUGUACCUAGGCCUUGCACAUCAUCUGUAGCAUGUGAAUGAAUAUUCUGAUUGAUUGCAUUGAAUGCUUUAACAAAAGGAUUUGGGUCAGUUUAAUCUUCAGCAUUCAAGACUCAUUUGUAUAUAUGUAGAUAUAUGUGUUCUCUUAAACUGAUUUCUGCCUAGAUAAAUGAACUUUAGCAUGUUUGCCUGCUAUUUGUCUUUUUUUUUUUUUUUUUACAAAAAACAUUGAGGCAUCUGUGAAUUAAUCCAUGAUGUGCAUAUCUCGGUAUACUGUAAAAUUGUUCAUUUAAGAGAAAGUGAAGUGACGUGUGUCUAUAUUAGGCCAUGACUUAUUUAUGUAUUAUUUCACAUAAUUACGUAAGUACAUUAUGCUAAAUUCAAACAAAGAAAUAUAGAUUUAUUGAUUUGUUGGUUGUCUUUUGGAAGGAAUGUGCUUAAAUUCUUCCUUUUAUUUCAAUUUCAAUGGUGUUACAGUUUUUCUAUGUUAAAUAUUAGGUAAUUAAAUAUACGUUUCAACAAAGAGAGACAAAAAACAUUAUCAGACAUUUGCAUUAGUCAAGUACUAAUCCAGACAAUUGUUUCAUUGUUCAGCUAUUAUUUUAUUAUUUAUUUAUUUAUUUAUUUUUAUGUAUAAAUAAUGAACUUUUACUCAUGCAUUUAUUUACUAUAUUCAGUGGUGUGGCACAGUAUAUUGUAAUGUUAUAUGUAUUUACUUGUUUUAAUUGGGAAGUAAUGGGCUUAAAUUCAUGAACUGUGUUAGAUACAUAUUUCGGGAACUAACCCUUUAAUAGGUAUGUAAACAGUAUCCCAGUGACCAAGAUAUCUUGAAUCAGUUAUAUAAGCAUCCACAAGAUGGCAAUGCAGUGCUCAAACCCGCUUGUUACCAGAGGAACAGAUACAAAUUCAAGCAGGCAGCACAAGUGAAAGCAGCCUUUGCAUCAAUUGAGUCAUCCCUUCUCUUCUCUCUCUCUUUAUCUCUUUGACUCUGUUUCACUCUGGUUUAUGAGUCGAAACCUACUCAUAGUAUAACUGGCACCAUUCACAUCAUAACCUAUAAAGCUUCCACUUUUUCUGGGUCACCUUUGCUUCCUCAAACACGGAGAAACAAUUCAUUAUUAUAUUAAACAUGUGCCUCCUCAGAAUAAAAGUCUUGUAUAUGGAGAAAGAAACACACGUAGGGAAAUAAGGCUUUGGCACACACAGCACUCUCACAAUACUGAGAUUUUAAAGAUAUAAAUGUUUACAUGAAGCAUAUUUCUAUUCAUUGUAUUACUUUGGUAAGCACACUUUUCAGUUAAAUAAAGGACAUUAUGUGUUCACUAGUAUUGCAUUCAAGGGACGGUGUGUUAACAUCUGCCCCAAUGGACAAUCCACAGGCCUGUUUAUGUAGCGUAUUUCCUGUCAGGCCCAGCAAAACAUCAAAACGGUGGCUAUCUGUGCUAGUA